AUGUUGUUGGAAGCUGUUCCUGUGCCCGCUGAUCACGCUGUGUUACUGAGAUGUCUCCCCCCCACCUCUCAGUUUAAGAAGACCCCCCCUAAGGUUCCCUACAAGGCCAUCGCCCUCGCUACCAUCCUCUUCCUCAUCGGCUCGCUGCUCAUCACCAUCGGGGCUCUGCUGCUGUCCGGGUACAUCAACGUCACGAACAAUGACCGGACCUGGCCCGUGCUCAUCAUUGGGAUUCUGGUUUUCCUGCCCGGGUUCUAUCAUCUGCGCAUCGCUUACUACGCCUCCAAGGGUUACCGUGGUUACUCCUACGAGGACAUCCCAGACUUCGACUGAGCGGCGCGCCCUCGACGCAGAGGCCGGCCGCGUCCACCGGACACUCUCACAGCGUUUUCAUUGAGCAAAGCGAUACGGGAGCCUGCAAGAGGCAGCGCCCGACGAGUGUUCUUUACCCUGAUAGUUCAUGCAAAGCGUUAUCUCAGUGAGCAGGGGUUCAAUUAGAGAGCAGCCCCGUGGAGAAAGAGCCCCCUCCUCCACUUCACAGUCCAGCGGAAAAAGAGAUCCAGCACAAAGAAGUCACAGCUCGUUAUAAUGAAGCAGAUGCACUGAUGUUGACAUUUGUAUUUGAGAGCUGAUGUGGU